AUGGACCGCUACUCGCCACGUCCUCCUCCACGAAGCUACAGUAAUCUGAAUGUGGACUACAGUAACCAUCUGAAUGUAGACUGUAUCGACGGCGUUAUACGUCCUGUACCUCAGCACAGUCCCCUUACCAAGCAAGUGAAUCAACUUGCGUAUGAGAUUCCAAAGAACAAAUAUGCCUCGAAUCCAUGGAAUUAUGCUCCGGAGUUUUUGAAGGUGUUCGGCGAUGUUCGAGUGCACGUUGGUGGAAGAGCUGUUUUUGAUUGUGUGCUUCUUGGCAGUCCGAGGCCAAAGGUGUGUUGGUUGUUCAACGAUGAGAAAAUGCGUUUUAAUGAUGUUCAAGUUGACGAUACAGCUGAUGUUUGUCGACUUACUAUUCCAUACGUAAUGCCGCACCAUUUCGGCACAUUCACGGUCCUUUGCGAGAACGAGGUUGGACGAGCUGUAGCUUCUGCGCAGUUAUUACCUUUGUAAAUAUAUAUAUUUCUGCUCUCAAGAUUUUCACUUCGAGAUUUGUGUUUUUUGUAGCGAAUUUGGGAUAAAAGAUACGGUACAUUUA